GAGAGACAGACACGCGCAAUGAUAGCCGGAAGCAUCGAUAGGGUGAAAAUAGAAAUCGAUCAAAUUCAGUGUAGUUCGUAAGUGCAAAGCUUCGACGGACUGCCUUUUCCACGAAAGUUAGCUCGAUAAAUUACAGACCUCUCGAACGGGCGGUGGAGGAAAUGUUGUGGAGAGAGAAGGCUGUUUCUUUUUUCAAGUUACUUGGUGGGGGUUGAGCUGACGUGUGGAGAAGUUCGAGCUGCCAGAAAAGAGCAGAUAAACAAACAAGCAGGGAGUCAGCUGAGCGACUGCCUGUCCAAACGGGGGCUAACGUUAACCAGGCGAGACUGGGUAAAUGUCAGCGAGAGCAAAUCGUCGCUAGAGUUUUGGACCCAAUAAUGGCUAAAAUAGUGUGCUAACGUUAGUUCAAAGAGUGGCACAAAGAAGAAAAAUACCACGCGAGGACAACAUUGUUUCACUGUGUUCCUGUCGCCUAGCUUGAUAGAACACUGUCAACAACUUGAUAUGUGCCAUUGAUUUGACUGUGUAUGCUUCAGCAGUUAGCUACAAAAGAAACGUCUUGCUUUAUCCCAUUGAAACGGUACAAUAUAGUACAAACGCUGAGUGGAUAGAGAAGUGGGAUAGCCAUGGCCCACCAUUCGACGCCCAGCUCCCAGAAGGCCCUGAUGAUGGAACUCAAGUCCCUGCAGGAUCAGCCGGUGGAGGGCUUCCGCAUCGGCCUGGUGGAGGAGUCAGACCUUUAUAACUGGGAGGUGGCCAUCUUUGGCCCCCCUAACACACUGUACGAGGGAGGCUACUUUAAGUCUCACAUCAAGUUCCCCAUUGACUACCCCUACUCCCCUCCGACCUUCCGUUUUUUAACAAAGAUGUGGCAUCCCAACAUCUAUGAGAACGGCGACGUGUGUAUCUCCAUCCUUCACCCUCCCGUCGACGACCCCCAGAGCGGGGAGCUCCCCUCAGAGAGGUGGAACCCCACUCAGAAUGUCAGGACCAUUUUGCUGAGUGUGAUCUCUCUGCUGAAUGAGCCCAACACCUUCUCCCCGGCCAACGUGGAUGCCUCAGUUAUGUUCCGCAAGUGGAGGGACAGCAAGGGCAAGGACAAGGAGUACGCAGAGAUUAUCAGGAAGCAGGUGGUGUCCACGGUGGCGGAGGCGGAGCGCGACGGUGUCAAGGUACCCACCACGCUGGCAGAGUACUGCGUCCAGACCCGGGUUCCCUCCCAGGACAGCAGCUCAGACCUACUCUACGACGACCUCUACGACGAUGACAUGGAGGAGGAGGAAGAAGAGGAUGAAGAGGAGGAAGAUAAUGACAUGGAGUCAGGAGGAGAGGCAGGUGGGACAAGUGAAGUAGGAGGCGUCUCUACUUGCUGCUAUGACGAUGACCAGGAGGAUUCUGGGAACGAGGACUCUUGAUGGUGAUGAUGGACACCCUAAAUUGACGCCUUACACCCUGCUACGUCCAAUCCUAGCCUCCCUUCUGAUCCUGUUAAGCUUAGAACAUCCCCUAAGAUAAACACAUGUACGUCAUCUGGUGCAUUGAUAGUCAAAUAAUAACUGGACAAAUAGGACUCCUCAAUUUGAGUGGAUUCCAAUUAAAGGCGCGUACAACAAUGAAAAAUAUUGAAUAUCUCAGCGAAUAUAAUUUGUGUAGUUAAAAUUAUAUUUUUAGCACAGAUGGAGUCAGAAAUGUUUUAAUUUCUCCUUUUGAAAUGUGACUUUAACGCAUGUUUUUGGUUUCCUUACUCAAUGGUCAUAUAGUCAAAGCCUGCCUCCCUGGUCUGAUAGCUUGAUAGAAAGAAGAUAGUUGUUGAACAUAAACACAAACAAACAUCCAAACCCCAGGGGAGCUAGUUUGUUGCAAAAUGUGCAGAUAAUCUCUGCCUUUAGGCUAAGAUCAAGUGUAGUAUCUGUUCUUGUCAGUUUAAAAUCUGAACAAAAUUUUAGAACGGGGAGAUGGAAAAUGGGCUUAAUCUGUCUGAUCUACGGAACCACCCGGUAUUGCAGUGCCUGUGGUAAUGGAGCACACACAAGAAAGAUGCUGCUAAAUGAAAUGUGGUGUUCGUGCUGCUUUACAGCAUUGGGUGCGGUUGCUUUUGUUUAUGUCCAACAACUGUGCAUUUUGUCAUGUCACUAGAUGUAUUUGCUAGAAGAUUGUUCUGGGCUUAAAUCUUUAAUUUUCAAGCCAAACUCACUGAACUUGGUCCCCUCUUGGCCCCUUCAUACCAUGGUAAUCUUUCAUUUUGUGUUGUACGUCUGGCUGUCUCGCGCUUUCUCUGUCUCACUGUCUGGAUGGCUGAAUCUCGGUUUUGUCUGGCAUGCUGUCUUGCUCUGUCAAUGUUUCCCUCUUUCUGUCUGUCUUAUCACCCUCACUGCUUUGUCAGCCAGCCAGCCUCAGUCGUUCUGUUUGUUCACUCUUAAGGCGAUCAACUUUAACCUACAGACACAACACAAACUCUGCCCUGACCGACCCCACCUUCACCCACACCUCCUGUUUCACCUCUGAACUCUGAUCCCUGUAGAACUGGGGGGGUGUUUUACCAUUACCCCGUUCAAUGGAACACAGAACCUGUUACACCUCGCACUCACAAGGAGGUGCUGGCCUGGAUUCUAUGCCAAGGAAAUGUUUCAUGACCACUUCCAGUAACACUACGACCAUCAGUCAGUUAUGGAUAUGUGUGAAAUUUGUCCUGUUUUUAACAACUGUCCAGUAAGAAAUGCACAUUUUUGUUUUCCGUAGCAAAACGUUAUGACUAUGAGCCUUUAUGGGGUACUGAGAGGAUGUGCCGUCUCGGACACAGAACCACAGGAGUGUUACAUCCUCCUUCACUCUUUCCAUCCAUCCUUUCCCUGCCUCCAAACCUCAGGGCCUCCAUAGACUCUCAGUGGGAGAGAACCAGGGAUGUAGUGGAGGAUAAACGCACCUUAACGCCGUCUACGCACCUCUAUAUGUUGUGAAAAGUGUUGUUGGCACUCAUUCAGCGUUUACCCACCUUAUGUCUUUACUACUACAUCCCUGGAGAGGGCUCACUCAAACUGCUCCUCAGCUUGAGCUUGGUAUUGUUUAGAUUCUUUUUUUAUUUUGUGGUUGUGUGUUUACAGAGGGAACUUCAAAUCUCCAACAACACUAUCGAUCCCCAUGUCUCUUACCUUUUUCCCCUCCAACCUCCAUUCAGGGUUUCCUUCUCUUUGUUAUUUCUGUGUUGCCCUGUUCCGUUGGCCAUGCUUCACAAAACUAAACCAGACCAGGCUCCUUGUCGCGUUCUUGAUAUGCUUUCUUGGAAUUGGCGCAAACUCCUGGAAUUCUAUGCGAGCCAGUCAGGUGGUCAAAAUGGAAAGUGAAAUUGAAUAAGUGGUAUUCUGUAUUUUAAUCAACUAUUUACACAUGCCAAAAGGCAUUAGCCAUUGUUUAUGUUAGUUAGCACAUAUAUAGCUAAAAGAGCACAUUUAGUCAUCAACAACAUGUAUCAGCCAGGAAAGUAGAUUUUUCUAAUUUGUGACUGAGCACAUGCUGCAUUGGUGAUUCAGAGUUACACAUGGAGCACAAUUGCAUUUUUUGGGUGGGAAAAAAUGAUGCUUCUUGGAACUCUGCUGCAAAUACUUGGGAUGUGUAAGUGAGGUGACAUCACAGACAAGUCAAUCUAUCAUCUGUGCUCAUUAGGCCUGCACUUUUCAUGUUUCCGUGCGCGUGUGUUUUACCAUUACCCCGUUCAAUGGAACACAGAACCUGUUACACCUCGCACUCACAAGGAGGUGCUGGCCUGGAUUCUAUGCCAAGGAAAUGUUUCAUGACCACUUCCAGUAACACUACGACCAUCAGUCAGUUAUGGAUAUGUGUGAAAUUUGUCCUGUUUUUAACAACUAUAAGGGAGAGACUUGACUAAUCAGUCUGAGGAAGACUAACAGAAUCAAAAUGAAAACUUUUCUCCUCCCUUGCUCUGUUGAACUGACGCCCUCACUGGGGCUGGCUUCAAGUCCAAAAAAUUGUUGACUGAUGGAUCACAAAUGGAUUGUUCUUCUCCUCAGCCACUGGACGUUCAGGGAUAUGAUGUCAACGACCGUGGCGAACCAUGUCUCAAUACUCUUUAAAUGGCUUCCUCUCUUCACCCCCUUUUUCUUCGUGAUCACUGAUCGGUGAAAGGAAUGGAUACAUUUCCACUAGGAAGGAAGCCAUUGAGUGUGGAGACCCAGCGUUCUUAUUCUCACUGACCUUUGCCUUCUGCGUGUUGAGGAGCAGGCAGUUGGAACAGCAUUUACUAGGUCAAAAUGACACUCAUUUAGAAGGACCACAUGCUAGGCUGUCAGAAUCUCUCUAUUGCGAAGUGUGUGUACCAGUGUUUUGAGGAGCUUUUCCCUCUGGCUGAAAAUGGUCACGUUUGGACAAACUACUUCACUGUUUCCACAGCCAGUGAUAUGGACGAUGCAGUCCUCCUUUGUUUUGUAGUUUUUCAUUUAAUUUCCUCUUCCUAUUGUGUUGUGAGGAUGCAAAUGUCACUUAUUAAAUUUAUAUUCUAAAAAUGUUGAA